UGAUGGAGGCUUCACCUCACUGUUAUUCUAACACACAGACUGGAGGGGCAUGACACAGCCUGUGACUGGUAGAUAUUCAGCCACACCAUCAUGUGGGGAUCUGUCAUUAAGCAGUGGUAGUGACCAGGGGUGGACUGACCAUUUGAAAACUCGGGCACUGCCCGAGGGCCCGGGGUCAGUAGGGGGCCCCAUGAGAUGCCCCUGGUACCUUUUUCAUAGGCUUUUUUGAGUUUGGGCAAGGACACAGGGGCCCCAUGAUCCCCUAUUGCCCAGGGGCCCCAUGA